CCGUGUGUGGCACCCGGCUGUCUACAGUUUUAUCAUUGUACCAAUUUACGAUUUACGAUUCAAAACCAAAAGUUUUCAGUUCAUCCGGCGCAUUUUGCUAGUAGCAAUAAGUUUUUAAGUUUCUGUGACUUACGCCAUUAUUGUUGAGAUAAAGACCGGGCCCAACACAGCAUUUAAACAACCCUCUGUAAGUUGUAUAAGUAAUUGUGACAAGUCUGAAAUUAAUUUCGUAGGAAAGCUAUUAACUCGUAGAAAUAUUGUCAAAAUUUGUAAUGGACUCCGAAGGAACGUAUUCAAAUUCAAUGCAUCUCUUUGGCUUUGAUGGUUUUGGGCAGCUGACAGUCUGCAAAGAAAGUAUCACUUCAGCCGGUUUGCCGAAUGUGAUUGGAAUAUCGUUUUCUUGGGCUAACUGCCUCCUGUUAUGCACUUCUGCAGGUGAGCACCCAGACAUGUAUUUAGCAGGAUUAAUUUGUCAGAAAAAACAGCAAUUAGAUAAAUUGGCACUGCCAGUUAAAGAACAUGACAUUAUUGAUGUUAUCAUAAAUUCCAAAAGUGUUCUAAUAUUGACUGGAAAUAAUGAAAUCUGGAGACUCACUCUAUCCACUAAGAAAUGGGAUAACAUUACAUCCAUUUUUUUCGCUCAGCAAGAAGGAUCUCUGACUGAAGUUACUAAGCCUCACGUUCGUAGAAUUGUUGGUGGAGAAGGAUUAAAUGUAGCUCUUCUAUCAAAUGGGAUUUUGAUGAAUAUUCCAAACGUAAUCAACCAAGAUCCUCUAAAAUUUGAAAUAGCUGAUAUUGCUGUUGGAAUUGAUCAUGCUAUCUUCUUAUCUAGUGGAGGGAUUGUUUUCACAUAUGGCUCAGGAGGGAGAGGGCAGUUGGGGCAUGGAGAACUUGAAAAUGAAGAAAAUCUCCGUGAAGUUCGAGCACUCUCAGGAAUUAAAAUAGUUGAAAUUGUAGCUGGAGGCUGGCAUUGUAUCGCCAGAAGUUACUGUGGAGACUUAUAUGGUUGGGGAUGGAACAAUUGGGGUCAACUGAGCAUAUUCUCAGAAGAGGAAGAUUCUGUUGUUGAUUUUAAAGGCAUUGUUGUGCCCGAGCCAACUCUCAUGAAUUGGCCAACAGAUGAUGUCAACGUGACACAAGUUGCAUGUGGAACCAGGCAUACAAUUGCAUUAUUAGAUGAUGGAUCAGUUUGGGGUUGCGGAUGGAAUGGGCACAAUCAGUUGCCUGGACUAGAUUCCAAUGAAAGUGCUGUUUACCCUGUUAUGUCCCAAUUGAAGGUGUCAAGCGAAAAGAAAGUCAGUAGAAUAGCCUGUGGAAGUUGGAAUUCAGCAUUUUGUUUUUCCUAGUAGAGUUGAAAGAGAAAUCCUGUCAUGGUAUGUUUGAAGUGGCUUGAAGUACUGGAGUAUUGCUGAGGUGUCCAUUUCACUUUGUCCGGUUAUUACUUUCAUUGCUUCUCGCCAUGGAACUGAUGCUCCCAACGUCAAUAGCCGCCUGAGAAAUUAUCAAUACACUCUCAAUGUAUCCUAGUUGAAUAUGUUUUGGUGUGGACAACAUGAGACUAUAUCAGGUAUUGCUGGAGCGGGCUGAAAUACUGGAGCAAAGCCGACGCGUCCAUUUUUCCUUGACCGGUCAUGAUUUCCAUCGCUUUUUGCCAUGGCACCGAAGAUCCUAAUCGCAGCAUGCUCCUGGGGAAAAAAAAAAUAUAUCAGAAAACUUCUCAUUGGGUGAAGAGCAAAUAUUCGAGGAUUACGUUUUCGGAUCUUGCAAAUCAUAUGCAGACCAAUCUUGAUUGGUGUGCAUACAUUGUGGCCGUUGCAAGCCAACUUGAAGAAAUUAGAAGUCUCCCAGGUUAAAUAGGGAAUUCUUAGAUUUGGAGUGGUAUUUCAUCAGUGAAGCAGUCCUUCUCAGCAUGCACAAAGAAUUCUCUGAAAUGGAUGUAUGCUGUUUGCAAGGCAAUACUUGGCAGUUAGUUAAAAUAGUUUGGAUGAUCAAAAACUCUGCCAUUGCAAAGAGUAUACUUGAAAAGCUUAUUUUAAUGUUCUUCAUUAGUGGACUAUGAUGAAAUAAAAAUUGUGUCAUGAAUGCUGUAAA